GGUAAGUGUUUGAUUAAAGCCAUAUGAUAAUAUUUGAGGUGUAUUUGUCUUCCUUACAGACAGAAGACCUCAAGCAGUUUUAUCCCAAUAGCCUCUUGGAGACAGGAAGCGACCUUGUGUUCUUCUGGGUGGCCCGAAUGGUGAUGCUUGGAAAACAGCUAACUGGAGAGCUACCGUUUUCUCAGGUAUUCCUUCACACAAUGGUCCGUGAUGCUCAUGGUAGGAAGAUGAGUAAAUCUCUUGGGAAUGUGAUUGACCCUCUAGAUGUUAUUCAUGGGGCUCCUUUGCAGAUUCUACAGGAGAAGCUUCAAAAUAGCAACUUGGAUCCAAGAGAGGUUGUCAUUGCUAUGGAAGGCCAGCGACGAGAUUUCCCUCAAGGAAUUCCUGAAUGUGGCACAGAUGCUUUAAGAUUUGCCCUCUGCUCAUAUUGUGCACAAGGCAAUGGCAUUAACCUGGAUGUGGCCACAGUGGAGAAUGCCAGUCGUUUUUGCAACAAGGUGUGGAAUGCUCUGAAGUUCACUUUGGCAGCCUUGGGAGAAGGAUUUAAUCCACUGGCUCCAGAGGAGGUCUUCCCUAAGUCUCCAAUGGAUAAAUGGAUUCUCAGUCGUCUGUAUCACACAGUGGUAGAUUGUGCCCAGUGGUUUGAAGAAUAUGAAUUGCAUUCUGUUGCCUCUUCAGUCCAUCUUUUCUGGUUGCAUGAUUUCUGUGAUGUCUACCUGGAGUCUGUAAAACCCAUACUGAGGAGUGGGGAUCCAUCUCAGCUCCUUGCCACCCGUCAAACUUUGCACAGCUGUGUGGACCUGGCUCUGCGUCUCCUGUCUCCCUUUAUGCCUUUUCUCACAGAGGAGCUGUGGCAGCGGCUUCCCAAGAGGGACUCCAAGUCUCCUCCCAGCAUCUGUGUGGCCAGAUACCCAAGCAAAGAGUACCUGGCUCACUGGUGUCAUCCUGAGGAAGAGGCAAACUUCCUGUUGGUACAAGAAGUUGUCAGAGUGGUGCGUUCCCUAAGGGCAACUUACCAGCUCACUAAAGCUCGGCCAGAAGUAUAUCUGAUCUGUCCAGAGGCAGUUCCACUUAGUGUAUAUAAAAACUAUUGGGAAGCACUGCAGACUUUAUCCUUGGCUGGAUCUCUGAGGUUCCUUCCAGAUUCUGAGGGAGCAGAGCCACCUGCAAGCUGUGUGUUUGCAAGGGCAAACAGUCAUACUGACAUCUAUGUGGAUCUGCAGGGGUUAGUUGAUCCCCAGAAGGAGCUCCUCAAAUUAACAUCUCGGCAACAGAAACUGGAUCAGCAGCUGGCAGAUCUCACAGUACGUGUGGAAAGGACCAGAUAUCAGGAGCAGGUCUCCUUCAAGGCAAAAACUGCUCACCAACAAAAGAUUUCCUUGUUUCGUUCAGAGUUGGAAAAGGUGAAACAGGCUAUAACAACCUUCCAGAAGAUGACUAGAAAGCAAAAAUUGUCUCCUGAGAUGAGUGAGUAAUGAAAACUAGCAGAAUUAUACCUAUUCCAGAUAACUGGAUUCAUUAUGAAACGAUGGAGACCAAGCACUGGGGAAUCCGUUGGAAAGUUCAUGAGACCCUGAGGCACCAAAUUCUGUGAUGAAACUCAUCUGCUGAGAUCAAAGUGCAUUGCUUUUGUUUGGACACUAGGAAUGAACAUUUGAAUUCCAGAAACUCCACUAUCCAAAUAUUCAUCUUAAACCUCCCACUGAAAGGAUAUUUAUGUCUAUCAAAGUUCAGUUUUGGCCUUUGCUGCUGCACAGGUUGACAGACAAAAGAAUGUACAGAACCCUUGUCUGGCCACUAGUUGUCACUCUUUGAACUAAGAAUAGCCUCACAUUAUUCAUGUUUCUUGGAAGGUGUGGCAUCUUUCAUUGGGGGGGGUUGUUUUUUGUUUUUGCAGCCUGAUUGAUUCUUCUCAAGGGAUGAACUACACAUUAUGUGUAAUUUUGAUUGUCCCUGGAGACAGCUGCAGCCACUUGUCAACAGUGUUUAUAUAAACAUGGACAUUGGAGUUUUGCUUUUGUAAGAGUAUGGGAAAAGCUGUUGGGAAGGUAUCUGUGGCUGUCCAGUUUUUUAAUAUGAAGGUUUCUGUAUGAAUGCACCCCCACGAUUGUUAAAAUACUUCAUUUGGAGAAAGAUUUUAAGAAAAGAUGACUGAAUAAUAAUUAUACAGAUUUUUAAAAACCUUGAAUUUGAAAUGAAAAUACAUUUCAUCAGAAUCUGAAAUGGAAUAUCAGCUGGUUUGAAAUGUACAUCAUCUAUUAAAAGGACCUGCAAUAUUUCAUUA